AUGGAUGAAGACAAGCGCCUUGCUACGCCGCCGGAUGCGCGCGGUGACUCCCCAAGCAGCAGCAACGCUCGCCUUCAUUUGUGGUCCUCGUUUGAUAGCGAUGAAGUCCCCCUCACCGUCGAACCCACGCCCCUUGGGGCGAGAACAGGGAACGGCGGUCAGAAUGUCAGACCAACAACGAAGGCGGCAUCUUCUACACGAGGAACGACACCGAUCAUGGCGCAUCCCGUGACGGUGAACGCAACAGGCGUGCCAGCCGAUCAGCAGCAGUCAUUACCCUCCGUCUUCAUCGCCACGCCGCCCUUGUUCGACUCUGUGCUACCGCCACGCGACGCCGAGGCGAAGACAGCUGCUUAUCCGGAAGUCUCUGAUCAACCAGAUGCAGAGGAAGAGAUGCAGAUCCUCAAGCCGGUCACUGACACAACCCCAACUCAAGUUUCAAUCAUCAGCAACAGCGGCGAUGCCGCCGCGGCGAUCCCACCGUUGCCAUCCGUGAGUGUUGGUGAGCACAGCUUCGAAGCUGGCCGUUCAAGGCGCAAGCUAGGCAAGUCGGAGGUAUCGUUCGCGCAAGCAACGCUGAAGGCGCCGGGAGCUGGAGCUGCCCUUCCUGUUGUCACACCUGGUUCGAACCACAGCGUUUCGAGUGGUGGGGGCCACCUGCGCACCCCAAGCUCUCGCUUUGGGAAGGUGAACGGUGCGGGAUCUAUGGCGUUCUUCUCGGGUGCCGGCGGCAGCUUACUCCCUGCCGAGGGAACGAGAGGUGGGCUGACCAGCCAGGCGUCUGCUUGCUCAAGCUACCACGCGAGCAGCAGCGCGAACAAGGAGAAUCGUUUUGACGGCACAGAGACGGUGGCCAGUGCCCUCGGCGGCGAGCAGACCCCUUUUUCCACUGCGCGGAGUGCUGAACACGCUAACAGCUCGUCGUCACCGAAGUUUAGCAGCGGCGCGGCACGGCUGCUGACCUGCCUGUCGUCCAAGAUGCGCUCUGGCACCCGCUCUCUGGACCAGCAUCACUACACCACCGAUCCGUCAUUAGCGAGCACGUGGGCGUCGUCGUACAGACUAGGUGCUACCGCGACGCGGUCCGAGCGGCGCGCUUGCCGGGUGUCCGUCUCUAUGGCGGUCGUGAUGAAUACAGUCAUCACUGUCAUCCUUGUUGCCGCCCUCACCAUUGUGCCUCUCAACGCUGUCUCAACCCAGUCGACCGACUAUGUGAUGUCGACGCUCAGUCUCUGGCUUGCCUCUUCCUACACGCGGUCGGUGGAGGCAAGGAUGCUGUUUUUGCCGAACGCGAUCAACGCCUACGCGUUUGCUUACAUGAACUCAUCGGACACGCAGGCAUGGAACUGGAAUGCUGCUGACAUGCCGCAAGCGCUGCGGCAGAUGUGUCACACAGUCGCCGGCACCAAUCGUAACCCCACCUCCUUUUUGCUCUACAUGUCCUUGAGCAGCCCGUACACGGGGUACAGCGCGUACUGCUCACAGCAGGACAGCGAUGACUACCUGAUCGGCAACUACAUCACGGACAACUCGUCUCAGCCCCGCUACGUCGUGAACGGAACGACCUACAACUACGCUGAGCCCCCCAUCAUCUACCCAGCUGUGCAAGCAAUGACGCCGUGGGAGUACACGGUUGAUUUUGGAGGGCCAAAGAACCCGUGGAAUAGUGUUGUCAUGCCGUGGUACGCACAAUACCAACAGGGCCGGCUCUCAAGGGCGGCUGCAGGCGCCGUCUCGGCUCACGAGGCUGCUCCUGACCGUGAUAGGCGCUCCUCCACGGGGCCCGAGCACUCGGUCGCUAAACCUUUGAACUACCUGAACGGGUACUGGCGCAUCUUCAGCACCAACGUCAGCGUCAUCACGUACACGUUCCCGUUCGUCGACUACGCCGGCAACCCAGCCUCUAUCAUGGGUGCCCUGCGUGCGGACGGUUUCAACGCCCUGCACUCCGACACCCUCAUUGCCGCCGCCAGCAGUGCCCGUGCCAUGGUUGUCGACACGUCAAGCGGUCUUGUCUUCAUCACCUCCUGGGGACAGGAUACGACAGUGCGGUUGGACAACUGGAACACGUCGUGCAACUGCGCUCCUGGCGGAAACAACCAGCGAGCCGUAUACCUGGAAGACAUCACAGACCCACUCAUGAUCGCUGCCGUGCAGAACGUUGGUGGCCGGGAAGGCAUCGCCGACACGCCGUUAGAGGUGGAUCGGUGGAUCGGUCAAUUCGCUUUUAACGACACCGAAAACCUGAUGGUCAUCAGCCGCAUUCCUAUCUCCUCUGACUACUCCGACAUGAACCUCGUCGUCAUCUACGCCAUGUGCAAGAACGACUUCACCGCCUUCAUCAAUCAUGUACAAAUCAUUGCCCUUAUCGCGGUCGUGCUGGUUCUGGUGAUUAUUGUGCUGAUCGAGAUCUCCCUUCUGUACCUGCUUGUGCAGCCGGUGCGCGGGGUGGCAGCCGGUCUGCGCGCAGCGGCGGAGCUGCGCGACGGCAAAGAGUGCGUCGACUACGCAACGUCCGUAAUCAAGGAGGUGGCGGAGAUGCAGCGUGACUUCCAUAUUAUGAAUACAAAGCUGAUGCAGAUGAGGACGUUUCUCCCGCAGGGUAUGCUCGGGGCCCACACCAUGUACUCCGACAUUCAAGGCGCCAGCGAUGCCGACUUGACUGUCUUCCCCAGCUCGGCGUUACAUGGGCGGGGAGGAGGCGGCGUGUGGGAGAAUGCUUACGGCGACGAUGGGUACGGUGGACCGGGUGACAUGCUUGGCGGCGACGGCAGCGGCGACGUCUGCGCAGCCCAACGCGGCGGCAAAGACAGCGGCGCUGAUCUGGGAAGUAUACUCGACGUGAGUGAGACGGGUCAGCAGCAGCGUCGGGGCUGCCGCCAGCCAGUGGUGGAGAUGGCACACCUCCGUCUGAAUGAUCGCGUGCUCCUCGAGGAGGUGAACCGCUUUCGUCGGCGCUACUGCAGCACCAUCGUUUUCUGCAUGCACUUGAUGGAGUCUGAGAUCAGCGUAAAGUUAUUGAACAAGAACUGCGUCUACUUCACCGAGGGUGUGCUGCCGUGCGUGCUGCGUUACGGUGGCGUGAUCGAGUUGCAGCGGCCGGACUACAUCGUCGUCAGCUUCGGCGCACACAACAAGGUCGCGCUGCACCAGAACCGCGCCGCCAUGUGCGCGCUGGAAGUGAUGAAGGUGCUGAACACCACCACCCCUAUCGGCCCACGCGUGGGGUGCAUGAUCGACGCAAGCGAGUACUAUGUCGGCACCUGCGGCGCGGCGGACCGUAACGCGCUCGUCACCUUCAGCAGCAGUCUAGUCCCAAAGGUUGACCUCAUUCGCGUGCUCAAGUCUGUGCAGACGCAGAUUGUUCUCACGCAGCGACUCGCCUCCACCCUGGAAAGCUCGAUGCUCGUCAUGCCGGUGGAUUGCAUGAUACUGAACCCGAUCGGCUUGAAGGAGAUCAUCCUGUAUGAGCUGCGGGGCCACAUCCGCAUGCUGCCAUCGCAGGUGUCUGUGGUGAUGGUGCGCCAGGUCAUCCGUGCCGUGCGCAUGGGUUUCACUCACAUGCUCAGGGGCGACUAUGGCAGGGCACUGGAGAUACUGGAGCCGUACGAGACAAUGGAGUUGCAGGCGGCCCGCCUCGGUUUCAUGUGCAGGGUCUUUAUCUCACGCAACAUUAACCGCCCUUUUGUGCGGUCCGUCACACGCCUUACCUUUUCUGAGGCACACUUCACAGGCUACAACGAGGGCUGCUCCACGGAGUGGGGCGAGUCGCACGAGAGCGGCACCUCUUUCGGCGCUCACGGGCACAAGAGUGUUUCUGAAGGCUCCGUGGAGACCGCGAAUCCGCUAGCCGCCGGCGGUGGCAUCGGCGGCAGCGCCUCCUCCUUCGCGUUUUCGCCCUUCAGCACUGAGCUCGACCCGGCGACGCUGUGUUUGGUUGUCGGGGCUUCCUUGAACCCUCCCUUAUCUAGAAAGGAAGGCCCCAAGCAGAUAAGUGAGGCCAGCGUGACGGCGAGCGCUUCGUCGGUCGCCACCCGCGCCAACGACGGCUCUCUGACCAUGCGCAGGAGCACCGGCGCCGCUGGGGAGGAGGCUGAACAGGAUGAACUGGAAAGAGCGGCUGCGAGACGUGCCGUGGCGGAUGAGGGCGAGACAGCGCUCUUCGAGAUGUUCGUGGAGAAUCAGCCCGACGACGAUGACGAUGUGGAUGACGGAGAAGCCGAGGCGCGCGGGAGGGGCAGCAGGGCUGGCAGCAGCCCGUAUUACAGCGCUCGCAACCAAGCAGCAAACAGCGCCGGCUUCGGCGGCGGCGGCGGUGGCGGUGGCGGAGAGAGGCCGGUGGAGCAUUGCACUGCAGCAGCUAUGAGCACACGCGAGGCGGUGCGGCAUCCUCGCAAAAGUGAGUUGCCCUUCGUCUUCAACGACUACGAGGGCAACACGUGGCGCCGCUCCUACGACAUACUGGGGACUGGCGCCUUCUCUACCGUGUACCGCGGCCUGUCCAUGUCUGGCAACCUUGUCGCGCUCAAGUGCUUCCAACUCGGCGCGCGAAACAUCGAAGUGCACGCAAUCGUCGAUGAAGUGCGGCUGUUUGCAAACCUGCACCACGAAAACGUUGUGCAGUACCUCAGCUUGUACGUUUCGGGGUCGCACGUGAUCGAGAUUAUGGAGUUUGUGCCGGGUGGCUCCCUCGAUACACUGCUGAAGAGCUUUGGCUCCCUUCGGCCAGAGUCCGUGCGGCGCUACAUGCGAGAUAUCGCGCGUGGUUUGAGCUAUCUGCACACGGCAAACAUAGUGCACUGCGACAUCAAGCCACACAACGUCCUCCUCGCCAUGGAUGGACAGUGCAAGCUGAGCGACUUCGGCUCCGCCAUCGCCCGGGCGACCUCGUCCAUAUGCAGCAUUGACAGCGUCCUUGAGAUGCGCGGCACGCCGGGCUAUAUGGCGCCUGAGGUGGCGCGCGGUGAAGUGCCGACCAUGAAGAGCGACGUGUACUCGCUGGGAAUCACCAUUUUAGAGCUUCUCACUGGGAGGCUGCCUUGGGACUACGCUGAUGCGUUCGCCCCGAAGCUGUCAGGGAAGCUGACGCAACCCAAGAGCGCCUCCGAGCAGCGCGCGUCGCAGCUGCAAACGUGCCCCGCGGCAGGAGCGCGAGGCACAAGGGUAGCGGACGGCUCUGUUGCACAGGUGGGCGCGGAUCUGUCGAAAAAGACGUGGAACGCGGGGAUCGCUGCCACCCGGGGGCCCUCGGGCGGGCCCAUGACAGAUAGCCGCCUCGAUGCCGCGACGAUGCUGUCGAACUCAAGCUACGCAGGCCCGGCCACGUCUAUGGGCGAGACCGUGUGCGGCUUUGGCAGCGGCCUGCUCUCUUCGAAAAAUCAGAGCGGUGAGGCGGAGCACAGCUUCAGACGGUUGGAGUUUAGCGGCAGCGGCGCAGAGAUCGCCGAAGGGAACGCUGGCCUGUGUCAACACGCACUGGCAAGCACACUGGAAGAGAGGGCCUCUGCGACUGUUGCUUCCCUGAGAGCCACCACCGCGUCUCUCGUGAAGGUCGCCGCAGGGAAGAACGCGGCAGCCGAAGCAUGCGAUGAGGACGGCACCGGCAUGCCUCUCGGUGGUUCCCUAAAGCCUUCCCUGGAGAUCAAUCAGAGUAGGCAGCAACAUCACAGUAUCGCUUACAUCCCUUCCUCUACCUCGCGGCGCCCUUCCAGUGCGAUCUUCUCUUCGUUUUACCAGAACCCGCGUUUCGCCGUGUCGCUACACCGCCGACCCAUCGAACAGGUGCUUCGAAGUUCCACCGAGCUUGUUGUGUACAUUGGACGUGGGCUGGUCGUGCCGCGGAUCCCCGAUACGCUGGAUGAGGACGUGAUAAACUUCCUGGAGCUGUGUCUGAAACCUGACCCGGCAGAGCGUGCCUCCAUGUCGGAGCUGAUGCUUCACCCAUGGUUGAUGUAA